GCCGUUUGUAUUUAUGUGAACAAACAAAAAUCACCAAGUGAAUUACUCGGUGUUUCUUCCGAAUGAGCAUCUUGUGGGGUUUGGCUUCCGUGUAUAAAUGGGAAGUGUGAUUAUAAUGGAACAGAAGGUACAGAGUGGUUUCCUCAUUUGCAGUGUGUGAGGGGGAUGGAUUUCUGACACUGAGGAGCAGAGCCCGCUGUGUUUUGCAUCCCUUCUUGAAGCCCAGGCAACUCCUGUAACUCCAGAAGAGAGAGAAGGUGGCUUGGUCUUGACACUUGCGUUAUAUCCUGAGCCACUCAGUGCUUGGGAAUUAUUCGCAGCCACGCUCUGCACAUCCUCUGCGGGCCUAGAAGAGUAGUGGCCAGCCCUGUGACAAUGGGCGAAGAGAGGGGCCUGACACGGAUGCUGCUGGAAUGCAGUCUCAGUGACAAGCUAUGUGUUGUUCAGGAGAAGCAGUACGAAGUGAUUAUCAUUCCAGCUCUCCUGGUGGGCGCCUUUCUUAUCCUUCUUGGAGUCAUCCUGUGGCUUUUUAUCAGAGAACAGAGAUCCCAACAGCAGCAGCGUCCAGGAGUCCGAGGUACUGCCCCUAUACCUCCAUAUGGGGGCCAAAACUGGGAAGCAGCAGAGUGUGGAGGAAAUGUGCUUGUGCCACUGAAGGAGACAUCAAUGGAAAGCUUUCUACAGGCUACCACACUGGCCCUGGCUAAGCUGCAGGUGCCCCGGGAGCAGCUCUCGGAAGUUGUGGAGCAGAUCCACAAUGGAAGUUGUAGGGCCAUCUACCGAGCCAAAAUGAACACUGGGGACCCUGCUAAGGCAAAGAGUGUUGUUCUCAAAGCUUUAAAAGAGCAAGCCAAGUUCCACGAGGUUCAGGAUUUCAUAGGGCAAAUCCAAUUUUAUCAGUACCUGGGGAAACACAAGAACCUGGUGCAGCUGGAAGGCUGCUGCACAGAGAGGCUGCCGCUCUACAUGGUGCUAGAAGAUAUGGCCCAGGGGGACCUGCUCAGUUUUCUCUGGACCUGUCGCCGGGAUGUAAUGACCAUGGAUGGUCUUCUCUAUGAUCUCACAGAAAAACAAGUAUAUCAUAUUGGAAAGCAGGUCCUUUUGGGUCUGGAAUUCCUACAGGAGAAGCACCUGUUUCAUGGGGAUAUAGCAGCCAGGAACGUCCUACUCCAAGGUGAUCUUACUGCUAAGCUCUGCGGACUGGGCCUGGCAUAUGAAGUCCAUGCCCGAGGAGCCAUCUCCUCUACUCGAUCCAUACCUCUCAAGUGGCUUGCCCCAGAGCGACUUCUCCUGAGACCUGCAAGCAUCAGAGGAGAUGUCUGGUCCUUUGGGAUUCUGCUCUAUGAGAUGGUGACUCUAGGGGCACCACCGUAUCCUGAAGUCCCUCCUACCAGCAUCCUACAGCAUCUACAGAGAAGAAAAAUCAUGAAGAGACCUAGUAGCUGCACACACACCAUGUACAGUAUUAUGAAGUGCUGUUGGCGCUGGAGUGAGGACAGCCGCCCAUCCCCUAGAGAGCUACACUUGCGCCUAGAAUCUGCCUCUCGAACUGCAGAUGACAAGGCUGUGUUGCAAGUACCAGAGUUAGUGGUUCCUGAACUGUAUGCAACUGUAGCUGGCAUCCAAGCAGAGAGCCUUUCCUACAACUGUAGCGUCCUCUGAAGAUCCCCAGGCAAGAAAAACUUACGGAUGAUUAUGUACUUAGAAUCAAGGACAAAUGAUGGACUUUCUAGUAGGACAUAAGGACAGAAAGGGGACAUAGACCCUGGAUGUUCCUUUACUCGUUUCCCUAGAAAUCUCAAAUGACCAUGUACCUUGAGAUAAGAAACACUGUCCAUCUCAUUUCUGCUGCCCCAGUCCUGGAGACCCUGGAUAGAAGUGGUGAACAGUGUCACUGCAUGGGAGGUUUUAGAAAUCUGCAGUGUUCGGUGGGGCUUGGUAUAAAUACACUGGUCUCUCACAUCCUAGCCUAGCCAUGUUUUCAUCUAUUAAAGGUCCACAUAAUUUGGGAUGAAAUGAGGGAAUAGACAUCCAAGAAAGGCAUUGAAGAGAGAGAAAAUUCGAGGUUCUACUUGCUCAGGAUUUAGGUAUGGACCAAGAUCCCCUUCAAAGAGAAGGCAGAAGAACAUAAAGUUCUUCAGUCCUGGUACUUCCAUGUAGAGUCAGAGGAGAACUAUGAAGGAAAAAUUCUGCAUUGCCCCUUGGAUACAGGUGAGAGAAAGAGGGCUAAUUACGAGACAGAUAAACUUUGCUUGGUACUACUUUUAAUUAGAAGCUGGAGGAGUUAUUUCAUGAUUAAAAACAGUCAAAGCUUCUCAAUCCCUAUUAGACGAAUAAGACAAAGUCUAGAGAGUCAAUCAACAACAAAAAUCUGUGUGCACACAUGCAUGUAUGUGUGUACAAUUAGGAAAUGUGAAACAAAGCAAAAAGGCUUACACACUCAAAUGAUUUUUAACAUGGGCCAGAGAAGAACGGAAUCUGAUACAGAAGGAUGGUAGCUUCUAAUUUUCAAUCAUGCAUUCAUGUACUGUGAAACUUACCUCAUUAAUAUUUAUUGAGUGGAAAUAGGUUUUUCUGGUAUACAGUUAGCAAAAAUCUCUACUACAGAGAAGCUAAAAGUAAAUAAUUGGAGAUUAAUGUCAAUAGAACAAUUUAAGAGACAAUCCAAAUUGCCAGAAAGGUGAUUUCUUUAUGGGUUAAAUGAAGAUAAUUCCUACCUCACAGGGUUGUUGUGAGGAUUGAAUGAGAGUAUGUAUUUGUAUGGCAUCUGGCACAUAAUAUGUACUAAAUAAAUGUUAGGUUUUUUUUUUCUUUUCCCCUUCAUAACCUGGGACCUUUUAAUAUAUUUUUCAUUUAAAAUCUACUGUGGCCAAGGGCAGCACCUGUAGCUCAAAGGAGUAGGGCACUGGCCCCAUAUACAGGAGGUGGCAGGUUCAAACCCAGCCCUGGCCAAAAACAGCAAAACAAACAAACAAAAAAUCUACCGUGGCCAAGAAGUGAAGCUCAGUCUGUGACAUUGCAAGGCAGGACAUACCUCAGAUGAUGGUGUGGUAUGAGUAUUACAUACCCAAAACAGUAAAGUCAUCGUUUUUGUGUGAGCUUCUGGAUGCUGACAGUAACUGGUACUAUUUCAAAGUAUGGAAAAUAUCUUGAUGAGGAAAACUCUUGUUGAUUACAGUACUCUGUCGUUUUAAAGAACCCUCUGGUUACUGCUGAAGGGACAUCUGAGGCUGCUGUGAGAAUGAUGACUGGCAGCUGAAAAGGCUGCAUAAGUUGGAAUCCUGUUGGGAGUCAUGAUGAAUCAGCUGAAUGAACAAUACUUCCUGCUGCUGUGGGAAUUCCACAAUGAUGAGUCAGGAUUUAAAGGGGUAUUAAGUGGGAGUAGGAAGAAGGGAGGUAGAGUGGCUUCCCACAAAACCGUGAAGUCCUUUGGAACCCCAGUGUUGCCUCUCAACUGUUCAUUUAAGUCAAAUUUACCAAGUAUUUACUUAUUUGACUAUUUAAAAAAAAUGAGUGUUAAGGCUCACUUUGCCAGAGGAUUAAAACAAAAACAAAAACAAAAAACAGGGAGCUUUGAAUUAUAGCCUAGGAGGUAAGAGGCAUGAUAUAUUUAUUUGCAUGGGUGUCAGCGCAUUACAAAUUGUGUUAAGUACUGUGAAGAAAAGUAUAGGUAACAAAUAAAUGGAUAAGUCCUUUCCGCUGAGGCAAGCUGAAUGAGGGCAUUAAUGAAUGGAUACAGUCACUUCCGCUGGGGCAAGGUGAAUGAAUAUAUUCGUGAAUGGACACAGUCCAUUCAUGGAAUUGAUGACUGGGAAAUUUACAUGAAAUUGACCUGGGCAUGGGAAAUGCGGGUUCCCUCUUCAGCAGUUAAGUGCAAGCGGAAGGAGACACCAAGGCACUGUUGUCUGCCGGGCAGAUGUUAGGUCCCCUCUGGCCACUGAGCCACGGGAGGAGGGGCCCUCCCCUUGCCUACCCUCCAGGUGGAGGCAGCAGGUCCGCCCCUCAGCUCCACUGGCUGGGAAGCGACUGGUCCUGUACCGAUUUUAAAGAUUAAAUUAACAAAUAUAAGAAAGAAACAUCUGUGAACAUAGCUCCCUGACUUGUUUCAUCACAGCAAAAUUGAAAGAAAAAAACACUAGUGGGAAAUCACUGUUUUAUCAAUGAAUAUUAUGAAUAAAUCAUUAAGUCUCAAUUUCAAUUGGAAUUAGAAAGAAAAUGUUUAUUUCUUACCUACUUCACUU